AUGCCGCGUACGAGAAUAGAGGCAUUGCUGGCCUCAUUCCCUAAGCUGGCAGAUUCGGGCACACAGCACACGAUCGUUGAGCAGGAUAAUGUCCGAUUUGUUUAUCAGCCUCUCGACGAGCUGUACAUCGUUCUCAUCACAAAUCGCCAGUCCAAUAUCCUUCAGGACAUCGACAGUCUACAUAUAUUUGCCCAGGUCGUGUCUAGCAUUUGCAAGAGCUUGGAUGAGAGGGAGAUCGUCCGCAGCGCGUUUGAGCUUCUGAGUGCGUUUGACGAAAUUGUUACUCUGGGAUACCGAGAGAAUCUGUCUUUGUCACAGAUUAAAACUUUCCUCGAGAUGGAGAGUCACGAGGAACGAGUCCAGGAAAUAAUUGACAGGAACAAAGAAUUGGAGGCAACAGAAGAACGAAAACGCAAGGCGAAGCAACUUGAGAUGCAGCGCAAGGAAGCCGCCCGAAGCGGGAGAGCUAUGGCUCCGCGAACUCCAUCCUACCCUACAUACACCCCGCCUGUCCGAUCAAGCGUUCCGGAUGCAAUGGACUCAUAUGAAGCCGAGAAAAAGAAGACAUUUUCGAAGCCCCUUGUCACUAGAGGCAAAGGAAUGCAACUCGGAAAGAAGUCCAAGACCACUGAUAUCUACGAGAAAGUACGAGGUGAACUUGGUCCCGAAGCUGAGGAUGCACCUCUUGUCGCACCAAGUCCCGCUGCUGCUGCGGCAGAAGCCCCGUCCACAAGAGCAUCGUUAUCCGCAGAGCGUGAUCCAAUCCACAUAACUGUUGCCGAGACAAUGUCCGCCAAACUAUCCCGAGAUGGCGCCUUGAAAUCAUUCGAGGUCAAGGGUGACCUUCAAUUGCGCAUUUCUGAUACUUCUUUCACCAAGGCCAAACUUGACUUGACUGCAAAUGCAACGCAUGGCGCCCAGUAUCGCACUCACCCAAAUGUUGACAAAGCACUCUUCUCAAACCAAAAGGUUAUUCAGCUAAAAGACACGUCUAAGAGGUUCCCCGCGAACAACGCAAUCGGUGUACUUCGGUGGCGUAUUGCAAGCAGCGGAGAGACAGACCUGCUACCCAUCACUUUCACCGUGUGGGUUAAUAAGGGUUCUGAUUCGACUACUGUUACAGUGGAGUACGAGCUCACUGGCUCGGAUAGCUUGCAGGAUGUCGCCGUCACCAUUCCGUUCCAGACAGUAGAGCCAACUAUCACCAGCUUUGACUCCAAUUACGAAGUAACAGGCGACACCCUGGACUGGAACAUUGGACACGUCGAUACAUCUAAUUCUUCUGGCAGUUUUGAGUUCGAGUCGUCUGACCCCGAGAGUGACGAGAACGAGUUCUUCCCUAUGAAUGUCCAGUUUACCAAGUCAACAUCAUUUGCGGAUGUCGACGUUCGUUCUGUGUCGUUAUUAGAUAUGGAGGGUGAAUCAGUGGGUUUCACUCAGGAUGUCAAGUGCGUUGCCGACGGCUAUACCAUUGAGUGA